AUGUCAAGAGCGCCAGCGAGACACCGCUCGGACGCACCAGGGUUCCCGGAAGAGGAUCCCGACAGAUUGGCGCCAAGGACCAGGGCAGCGACCAUAGGUACGGCCCACAGCAAUCUCCAAAAUGACGCGGCGGAGUUCAUCCACGAGGCGCAGGAGGCACUGUGGAUGGUGGACGAUGGCCCGGCGAAGGGCCAGGGCCAGAGGAAAAGGAGGCACGAGCGGGAAUCCUGCAUAAACAACGUCAAGCUAACCCUCAACUGCACCAAAGACUACUCCUCCUACAGCAGCAGGCACGUCGACAACAGUACCUACACGAAGAGGCCGAAGGAGAAAUUUAAGCGGGGCAGCUUAGAGAACGUGUCGAGCGACCCCUGGGGAGAGUUCGACGGACAGUCCAGCCUAAGGAGGACGAGGAGUUGGGCCGUUUCCGGAGAAAAUAUAUUCUCCGGCUCGGACUUUCCCGGGAGCGGAACAAGGAACAAACAGAGGCGGUCCCAGCUGAUUCCCAGGGCCAAGCUGAUCAACAGGACCUCGGUUCGAGAGAAUCGGUACAAAGGAAAGAGCGCGGACAACCUCGAAAGCGCGGGACGCUCCAGGAGGCCACAACCCAGCAUAUCCCCGCCGGAUUACAGCCCCCCACAACCCAACUUCAUCGAGCAGCAUCGACAGAACCGCAAUUUGGAACACGAUAUCUACGCGUACGCCUCCCUCCAGAACAUCCCCGAAACCACCAAACACGAUAGCCUCGAUUCCAAUUACAACAAUAAAACUUCCGCGAACAGCAUAUACAGAGUUUCCUACGAGGACCUGCCCGAGCUGAGCUUGCCCAACUACUACCCCGAUUCCAAAUACGACACAGACAACACCGAUAACUUUUCAGUGGUAGAAGUCGACAACGUUUCGUCGAUUUCCCUGGACAAUCUCAGUAAGACCAAGUUCCCAUCGUUCGACAACUUGAAAUUCAAGUGGGAGAGCGUAGAUCAGCACGAAAGCAUCUCGUACGAUGAGAACAUCGUUCUCACAGCCAAUAAGAGCUUGUACGACUCCACUGAAAGCAAGCCGAAGACUAUAAGGCGACCUACGCCUUAUCACGAAAGCCACAGUUUCGGUACUAUAAAUCCCAACUCUUUACCGUCACAUUCUGAGCAUUCAGACGAAGAAAGAGCAGACGGCGAAGAUACCAGCGGCGAGUACAUAGAGACAGAUACGAAUUUGGACGAAAUAAACUUAAACAACGAAGACAUAGCUAAGGUUAUAGAAGUGAAUAUAGAAUCUGACGAAAACUCAGUGUGCAAUUCAAAUAUAGAAACUAGCACCCUGUGUGAAGGUUCCGAAACAGUGAAAGAAUCCGAGCAAGAGCCAGAACAUAAAACUACAUCGUCAAUAGGCGAACAGGAGGAAAGCAGAACUUCCGAUACACCAAUAAAGACUCUUAUAGAAGUCUCAGCAGGGGAGGAAUCCACUAGAGAGAAAACAGAGAAUUCAGAACAAUAUAAAACUGUCGUUUCCGUAGACACGAGGCCUUCAAAGCAGGAUCGCACCGAAGAGGAAGCUAAGUGCAAACACACGAGGAAAGAAACGAAACAUCAUAGCCACAAUUACUUAAGGGAGUUCCUUGAAACCCAGAAGGGAUCGAGGAAGCCCUUGCAGAACUUCAUAGCCAAGAAAUUCUCGAAUUUAUCCCGAAGGAACUCGAAAGAUACUUCCAACUUAACAGAGAACCAAUUCUAUUCGUUACCCGACAUAACAGCAAGUAAAAACCUAAGGAAGUGCGAGAAAAUCGACAGGAAACUGCGCAAGUGCGAGAAAUCUAACCAGUUUCUAACGUCUAGAGAAACUGCUAUAGAAAACAGGUUCAUAGUGAACAUAGGCAGACAUUUCGACAUCACAGCUAACAGCUCCAUACCAGUGGAUUUCGAGGUGAAAAUCGCAAAGGUACCAAAGAAAAACAAAAAACAAUCGGGCGGCAAGUCUAAAUCUGACGAACAGUUAAUAGCCGCUGUCAAAUCGCUAAAAGAAACACUGCACGGCAGUCAGAUCAACCUCGACGAGAAUCACAACGUUUCCAAACCAGAAAUAGUAUCAAUCACGACCAAACCAACAGAGGGAAAUACCGAAAUGGCCAACUGCAAAGACGAAUGUAAAGAAUUGAAGGAAAGACUGGGAACGAUGAGAAGUUACUGGGACAAGAUGACUGGAAACCAAAGCAAAGAUGAGGGGGAGAAAGACAUAAGUACUUGUAAAAUAAUCGACCUACACACCAAGGUCGAGGACGUGAAGAAGAUAUUCGAACAAGCCGAAGAAAAACACGAAGAUAAACCGUCCAGUAAAGUCCAGUUAACCAAACAACUGUUCGAACCAAAACCUGCACCAGAAAAGGUCGAGAAGAUAUCUCCUUUGAUAAAGGAAACCUGCAGCUAUUUCGAAAACAACGCUAACACCUUCUUCGACAACGACAGACAAUUCGAAAGUCUCUGUCCUUCGGCCAUGGAAAUCAUAGACAAAGACGCUAAACCAGAGAAGGCACAACCACAGAAAGACACUAAGCCUACAAAUAAACCCGCGGCUAAACCAAGAUCUAAAAAGACCGUUUGCAAAACAAAAAGCAUUUGUGCCCCUCCAGAAUUCGACCACGUGAGGUACAAGGUGGUCAAAUCGGACUUGUUCCAGAAAAAGAUAUUCGCCAAGUGCGAAAAAGAAUCUCAAUUCGACGGCUUGAUGCAAUAUUUACAAGACUACAGCUUCCAGGAGCUUCUGAUAGACAACAACAUAGUCAUAAUUGAACCUAUACGCUCAAAAGUUCAUUACGAACCGUCAAACACAAAAACUAUAAAGAACGUUACGCCUCUACUCCACAAGCGAGAAGAUGAAGACGAAGACAAUAAGUCUGGUUUGAACAGGCAUUUCUUCUACCACCCCAUCAGAGUGAACAGGGAAGUGAAUGAUGACGAACUGCCAAAUCCCGACACGGUACGACAAGUCAGAGAGUUGUUCGAGGGCGGGUUGAAGAGUUCGAAGAGUAUUGAGGACUUGGAUAACGCCGAAGAUAAAUACGUACCUAAUAACACCGAUCCAGACAAGGACAGAUGUUCUGCUACGGAUUCCAACUCGCAUCCUUCGAAUAUGUCAGAUUUUGGCAGCCAGGAGAACCUGUACGAUUCUAUAGAUAACGAAAUAUACUGCGAAUAUGUAAGCGAAGAUAUACUGGAAAAAAUUAGGGAGCACGGCACUACAAUUACCUAUUACGGUGGCAGGGUGGUGGACAGGAAGUCUGGACAGCCUGUUCUGACCAAAGCCAUCAUGGAGGAAAUCAGGAACAAUGAGAAGAGGUGUAAGGAUUGCAACAACUGCAGGAAAAACGGCAUGGAAAAAUCGGUAGAAAGUAAGAAUAUGGAGGAAUACGUCGGAGUGAAGUUCAGAAUACUUAAAUCUAACAGCUGCAGUAGCCGUUUGGAGCUGGUAGGCACUGAGGACAUUCAGGAAACUAGAAAAAAAUUCAUAACGAAGCAUAAAAGGGUUUCGAAGAAGAAAAUGGAAAGAUCUAAAGAAACUAUAGAAGAAGUGAGCUCAGAAAAGGAAAAAUACACAGAGAAAGAAAGAACCAAGGACAGGAAAACUUGCGACAAGAACGCUAUAAAUGAGUCGAUAAAGAAACAGUCUCGCGAAGAAAACCAACCAAAAAUAAUAGGCGAGGAAAGAAAAGUGCAAGAAAACAAAUACGUGCAAUGGGGAGAGACGAAAAAGGAAACAUCCUUCGCUAAUAUCCAAUUUAGCGAUAAAAACUCCAACAAGAUAUUCGAUUACCACAACUACGACAAGAUCAAGACCAGGACGAAGAGGAUUGACGAUAUGGAGUUCGAACCCUAUGAGGUGGCUUAGAAUAGUUCGUGUCGAGAGUUUAGUCGUUUUAAGUUAUGUUUUAUUGAAAAAAUGUGAUUAGUUCUAUUUUCUGUUAUUAAUAAAUGUAAAUUACUGUAAAAACAGGUACCGGGGAAACGUUGCAUUAUACAUAUAGGGUACAAUAUUAUAUAUUUAUUUAUAAUGUUAGACAUAUAAGUGCAAUCCAUGUGAGGACUUCACAUUUUUUUAAAUAAAAAUGUUUGGAAGUUGCGAA